GCGCCCUUCUGGAAGGUUCGGCCCGUCCUCUUCCCGAAGGCUGUCCCCUCCGAGGCCCAUCCCGGGAAGGCGAAGCCCCGGGACACGAUGCUGCUCUGCGCCUUGCUGCUGGCCGUGGCGUGGCCGCCGGCGGAGCCCGGGAACGCCAGCCUCCAGGAGUCAGGGACCAAGAACCUGAAGUGCUUCUCCUGCUCCACGUUGAACGACUUUAACUGUCCCGACGUCGUGGAGUGUCACUCCUCGUCUCGGCUCUGCCUCACGGUUUCCAUCCGUCUCAACUCUCGCCAACUCAUGAUUUACAAGGACUGCGGCACCAACUGCACGUUUCUGUACCCAGAGCAAGUGCCCCCCGAGGCCCCCAGGAAGGUGAAGACCACGCACUUCUACCAUGUCCGCUGCUGCGGAGACAUGAGAUGCAACGACGGGGGCCCGACCAACCUGGAACGGGACAUCCAGACCCAGCAGGCCAUGGAGGAGAUCGAGGGGGCGGAGCGCGUGGGUGGGCCGCGGCUGCUGCUCAGCCUGGCCUCCCUGCUGGCCAGCAGGGCGCUGACCUGACCCGCGCUCUCCACAGGCCCCGGCGCAACCCUCUGCCCCUCAGUCUGGCAGAG